GGAGAGACACCGCUUGACCUUGCUUACCAAAGUGUGAAUCGCUUCAUAGUUUAUAUGGUAAAAGAGGAAGAAAGAAUGAGAAGCAGAAGAAAUAACAGGUUACUGAAAAUACUAGAGAAAUAUGAGCUCUUCCUGAUGUUGGCAUCUUCCUUGACGUUGAUGUGGGCCAUAGGAUACAUAAUGAACUUAAGUUCUGAUUCUUGGCUUUUGAAAGGAGCCCUGCUUCUCUUCCUGCUGUUUGGGAUGGCUCUGUUUGUGAGACAGUUCAUGGGGCUCAAGAAUCUAAGGUAUCUUCCCACAGCAUUUCUGCUAAGUUCAGUUUUUUGGAUGUCCAUGACCUGGUUUUUCUGGUUCCUGCCUGAUAUAAGGAGUACAAUUCUUGAAAUCACUGCCAUGCUCAGUGUGGUGGGUCUUCUUUAUUAUUUCUAUAAAACCUGGAGAGCUGAUCCUGGGUAUAUUAAGACAUCGGAAAAAGAAAGAAAAGAGAACGUUGUAGCUCUUGCAGAAGCAGGUUGCUUGGAUUUCAGAACAUUCUGCACAUCAUGUCUUGUAAGGAAGCCUUUGAGAUCUAUGCAUUGCCUUGCUUGUGAUUCUUGUGUAGCCAGAUAUGAUCAGCAUUCUCUGUGGAUUGGACAGUGCAUAGUGGCUUACAGUGGAAAGCAGAGAAAGAAAUCAGCCUUGUCAAACCUCCUUGAGAACAGCAGAGGCUUUGGGAACCAUCUUUACUAUCUAUUGUUCCUGACUUUCCUAACUCUGACUGGUGUCUGUCUGCUUUAUGGAACUCUUCUGUAUUGGUCAAGCCAUUGCUCAACAAGUUAUUAUCGAGACGGAGCGUGGACGUACUUCACACAGAUAACACAUUGUUCUCCCUGGGUUUCCUACAUCUUCGCAGUAGCCUGUUUUCAUACUGCAUGGGCUUCAUUGUGGCUGGCUGUUCAGCUUUAUCAGAUUGCGUUCUUGGGAUUGACCUCGCAGGAGAGAAUGAACCUCCUGAUACAGAGAAAAUCAUCUAAGCAUCCUGUUUCACUCAGGAGAACUCCAUACAAUCUUGGAUGCUUCCAGAAUCUUGCAGACUUUUUUCAGUGCAGUUGCUUUGGUAUGUUCAAACCCAAUGUAGUUGACUGGACCAAGCAAUACAACCUUUUUCAUCUGGCAAAGGAGAAAAAUGUUCAUUCUGUAUGA